GACUUUGGGACGAAGAUGAUGAGGACGAGGAUGAGGACAAAGAUGACGAAGACGAGGACAAAGACGAUGAGGAUGGAGACGAGGACCAAUGACGAUGAUGAUGAAGGGGAUGAAGGUGACGACGAGGCCUCCACCCGCAGGGAGGAGCAGGCCGAGGAGGUGAAGAAGAAGAAGAAGGACGACGAGGAGGACACGAUCCCGCCCGAGAUCUGGGAGCUGCUCAAGGGCGUCACCAAGAAGAGCGAGUACGAGCGCAUCGCCUUCCAGUACGGCAUCACCGACCUGCGCGGCAUGCUCAAGCGCCUCAAGAAGAUCAAGGUGGAGCCCAAGAAGAGCGAAGCCUUCAUCCGGAAGCUGGACCCCGCCUACCAGGUGGACAAGGGCAACAAGAUCCGGCUGAUGGUGGAGCUCAGCAACCCCGACCUGCCGCUCAAGUGGUACAAGAACGGGCAGCUCAUCAAGCCCAGCAACAAGUGAGUGCCCAGGUGGGCACAGGUGUGCCAC